UAGAUGCGUAUAGAAGACAUGAUUACCACUGGCACAUUACGAUGUUAAUAUCAAUACUAAAUUAAUAGCCUAUGGUGAUCAGAGUCCUGUCAAAAAAAUGCUACAUGCUCCAACCAUGAAACUUUAUGUUGUAAAAGAAGUAAUUCUCUAUUUUGAUAUCUAGGAACCAUUACACAACAAGGAAAUUCGUAAAAACUUAAAAGACUGGAUCUCCUUUUGGUAGAACAAAUUAGCCAAUUCAAAUUUACAUGUUCAAGUCUACGCUACCUUUUGGAACACUCCUGAAGGUUACGUAUCUAUUGUAAUGGAAUAUAUGAAUGGUGGUUCAUUAUAAGUGAAUAUUAAAUCUCAUUCUUAGAAUCUACUUGAAAGUAUGGGAUUCCUUCCAGAGAGAAGUAUCAAGUAGCUUGUACCAUCUAUUCUCUAAGGAUUACAAAAAAUUCAUUAACAAGGAGCUUAAUGUCAUGGUGCCCUUGGACCAUCAUAGAUACUUUUCUUAAGAGAUGGAACUGUUAAAUUAGGUCAAGGUUUGCAAUACAGAGUUUAAGUCCAAGGAAAUCAACUAUUUAAUUCUUACAUUCUUGGUAAACCUAAAGAUGUUCAAAGGUGUUUUAUUCAACCUUAUGAGUAGUCUUUAUGACCCAACAAUUCUAGAAACCCCUUCCUUAUGGAGUAAAGCAUCAAGUGAGAAAGUACAUUUCCCUGCUCAAGAAGAUUUCAUUCUAGAAAGAGCUAAUGAUAUUUGGAAAUUAGGUUGGUUAGUCUUAAAUUGUGCUAUUGGAACACUUGAAUUCCAUCCUAAAGCUUAAUAAAUCUAUGAAGGAUCUAGAAUCAUUAUUGAAGAAAUUGCAAAAUAUACAGAUCACCUUAAAGAUACUUGUUGUCUACUCCAUAGUGAAUCUAAAGUCAUUUCAUUAGUUGAAUAGAAUCAAAAGACAAUUUCUGAACCUACCAAAAUUACAAUACUAGAAUUACUUCCAUCUGAUAAAUUCAGUCCAGAAUUUAUUCAAUUUUUAUGUUCAACACUUAAAAUAGAUCCAAGACAAAGACAAUAUACAGAAUAAUUAUUGUAACAUCCCUGGCUAGUAAGUGGUAGAGAUCCAAAAGGUAGGCUCUCAUUAUAUUCUAAUAGGACCCAAUGUAUAAUUAAAAGAACUGCUUAAUAUCUCUAAUGCUUGGAAUGCAUUUCUGCCAGAAGAAUUUUAAGGCUAAGGAGCAUAAAAAUUGGAAAGACUCUGUGAUGCUCUAUAUCUAGUCUUACAAAAUUCAGAAAGACCAACUGUCAAUAAGUAUCUAAUCUAUUUUUUAUCAUUUAGAAUGUAAUUACAAGAAAACAGCCCUAUUAUUAAAGAAUUAUCCUAUGAUAUGGGUCUUAAUGCCAAGGCUGUAAGCGAUCGAAUUAUGUCAAUUUUCCAAUCCUUAAUCUGAU